AUGCAGCACACGCCUGACCGGUUCCGGGCUCCGCUGCGAACGCCAUCGGCGCAUGCCACCCGGGCUGCGCGGGAGCGGCGGACGCGGGUGCGGGCGCUGUCGAGCCAGGCCGAGACACGGGGUGGCUUUCCGUUGUCGCCCAUGCCGCCGCUCCGUCCGUUUGGCUCGGCGCUCGAUAGCAGCUCGUUUGCGUCGCGGCGGGCGACGGUGCGGGCGGCGAGCCCGCCUCGGGCUGGCGAGUGGCGCAAGCCACGAACGACGACGACAACGUCGUCACUGGCUAUGAUCUCGCUCUCAUUGGACGAGCCGCGGGCAUCGCCACUGAUGGGCGCGACCAGUGGUGCGCGAGCAAGAGCGCGGACGCGCGGCGCGCUGUCGAGCGUGGCGAUCAGCUCGCCGUCGCCGCUGCUUUCAGAUGCGUUUCUCUCGGGUGCGCUGCGGCGGCAGCCGUGGCCAGCACGGGUGACAGCGCCCGAUGCUGAGCCUGCCGCGCUUCCAAGUGACGAUGCGGGCGAUCCGUACGAGUAUGUGUAUGAGUACUCGGGCGACGGGGCGGCAGAAGUGCCCGAAGUUGUGGUCCUUGCGAGCACCCACGACGGCGUAGAGCGGACAGUUUCAAGCUUGUCGAUGCGGUCUGACGACGGAUCAGCAAUGACCGCGGUGGAGAACGAGCGGAAGCGAAGCAUGCCGUCGCGGACUGGCUCGUUGUCGUCGGUCCAGCUGGCGGACGGGCGGUCAGGCAAGCCGUCGCGACUUGCGCGUGACGCGCUGGCGGUCUCGGCCUCGCCACGGGCGAUUUCAGACUCGUCGUCUGGCUCGACACCGUAUGCCGACGACGAGUGUGGGGUGAGCGGCGAUGGGGUGAGCAUGUCUGCGGUGUCGACGCCGCGGGUGGUGCGAUCGCCAUCGCGGUCGCUGGAGCGCGAUCGCAUCGAGGCUCUCGAAGGUAAGCUCGAGCUUCCGUUGUUUCGGUCUGGAAGCAGUUUAGGGCUUCGCCGCGGACGCUCCGACUCUUUGGCAGUGCUACCAGGAUCACACGAAGAAGAGCAGCUUCUCUCUGCUGCUUCGUUUGCGGCGUCGUCGGAGCAGGCGUUCCGAUCAUCGCCGCCAACCGCGGUGCGGCCUAAAACGGACGCAUCGCGGCCGACUUCGCCGCUGGGACGGUCGGCGUCGGCGUCGGCCCUACCGUCGCCCAAGGCACAAAUGGAAUCGGGGCUCGGGCCUGGACCUGCGUCCGCGCCUGCGCCGCCGCCGCUGCCUCCGCCGCAGCUUAUGGCGAGCUCCGAGUCCGGGUGGACGCUGGCUGUGCGGCGGGCGCUGCAGCACCGGUUGUGGAUAUGGAUCAUGGCGUUUCUUGCGCUGUAUGCAAUUGUCAUCGACGACGUGCUUGUAGUGGCUGCGGUGGGCGGUGAUGACGUGGGCAAGGGCAUUGUGCUUGGCGCCCAAAUUGUGUCCGUGGUGGUGGGGCUAGUGUUUUGUGGCGAGCUGGCGGCGCGGGCGAGCGCGCUACGCGGCAGCUAUGUGGUGUCACUUGAGUUUGCGGCCGACGUAGCGGUGGUGGUCUCGUUUGUGCCCGAGGUUGCGUCGCUCAUUGCUGGCGAGGACGUGGUGGCGCUGGCGCUUGUGGGGCGGACGUCGCUGCCAGAGCUACAAGCGGGAGCGGCGGCGCGUGGGGCUGCGGCGAUUUUGCGGGUCGUUCGGCUCGUGCGUGUGCUCAAACUGCGAGUCCUGUUUGCAGCAGUGACGGCAUCGACGCUGACAGCGAUUGCCAACGCGCUGUCGGAUCCCUCGUCAGGCGGCGAGGCGUCGGCGAUUGUGGUGCUGACGGGCGAGGGCAGCGAGAGCGGAUCCGGGUCGUCGGACGCGUCGCGGGCAACGCAUCGGCUUGUGGAGCGCGCCGGCAUCCAGAUAUCUGUGGCGCUGGUUGUCCUCAUUGCGGCGGUGCUCUGCCUCGUCCAUGGGGCCAACCUCUCGCUGGAGGGCUCGCUCUCUGCUGUGGGCGACGCACAUGCUGUGGCCGGACUGGAGCAGCUCACGCUUGCGGUGAGCGGGGCAAGCUCGGCGUCCGGGUACGCGCGUGCGGUAGAUGCGUAUGUGGCGAGGUUUGCGGGCUCGGGCUCAGGCUCGGGGGCGGCGGCUGCGGGCUUUUCGCUCGCGCCGCGCCUCUUGGUGGUGAGUGUGGACGGCCGGCUGCUGGCGGGGAGUAGCCAGAAGGUGUCCCCGCUGCGGGAGCUGUUCGUAGAGGCUGUGGGUGUGGGUGGCGGGCGGGCGUACUUUGACGUCUCGACGGCAGAGCGGGUCAAGGCCGGAACGCACUUGCUUCUGCUUUUGGUCUUCCUCGGCUUUCUCACCGGCAUCAACCGAAGCCUCGCAUUGUAUGCCGAGCGGCUGGUGACCGAGGCGAUUGCGCGGAUCUCACUCAUUAUCUACCACCUGACCCGGCACUGGCAGCACAAGCAAGACGCACUGACAGCGUCAGCUGACAACCUCGCAGGACGGUCCAAGAGCAAGGCGCCGCUGGUGCUGCGGCAGGUGAUUGCCUCGAUCGAGCAGGCUGCAGACGAGCAAGCGUCGACGUCGGUCGAUCUGCGGGCCAAGUCGCGGUUGGCAACGGUGAAGGAGAAUCGGCUGUCUGCGGCGCUGGCGGUGACGAACCGCGAGCUGGCGCGGGCGAACCCCAAGUUCUGGUAUCCUCCGGCGCCGGUCUUUCCGAUUGGCGUCCUCGACGAGCGGUUCCUCCGACUGACGGUGGACUCGCGUGGGAUGAAGGUGGUCGACGCCGGUGCCAAGUUUGCGCUGGUGGCAUACCUGACAUCGCCGCGGCACAAAGAUCGCGAGUAUGAGCGUGCGUUUCUCACCACGUUCCGACUCUUCAUGGAGCCGGCGGAGCUUGUCGAUCUGCUCAUCCUCGAGUUUUGCUUUCUCCCGGACCAGAGCGAGGUGGCCGCGGUCGACUUUGACUUUGAGGACUGGGAGGUGUCCGAGCAGACGCCCAAGCAGACUCGGGUCAUUCUGGUUGUGGAGAAGUGGCUGCGGCUAGCGUUUGAGCGCGACUUUGUGCCGGACACGCCACAGAGCGAGAGCGCCAGUGGAAGCCUGAGCGACUCGGACAACACGAGCAGCAGGAGCAGCGUGGCCAGCCGGGCGAGCGGAGAUACGAGUCGGUCUGAGGCGAUGGAACGCCUCACGCACUUUCUUUCGCUGCUGGUGGCGUCGUCGCGGCACGCGGCGGCGGCGCGGAUCGGGACCUGGGUAGAGAAGCAGCUCAAGGGGCUCAACGACGGUGAGGCCUCCCCAAGCAAGGGCAGCCUGGGCACGCCACGAUCACCAGCGCCGGUGGGCAACUUGUCGGUGAGCGUGGACGUCGACAGCGUGUCUGUGGUCGAGCUCGGGCGGCAGCUCUGCUUGGUGGAGCACAAGCUGUAUUCUGCGAUCAAGCCGUUUGAGCUUGUAGUGAGCUCGGGCAAGGUCAAGGGCCGGGCCGGGGUGGGCACUGCAGCACUCAAGGCCUCUUUCGACCACUUUAACAAGGUCGGGCUCUUUGUGCAGGCGGCAAUCGUGUAUGCGCCGACGGCCAAGGCGCGGUUGGCGCGGCUGCGCAAGUUCAUCGAGCUCCUCUCGUUCUUCAUCGAGGAGCACAACUACAACGGGGUGAUGGAGGUGCUCGGGGGGCUCUCGUCGGUGGCGGUUGCGCGGCUCAAGCGGCUGUGGAGCAAGCUCGACUCGAGCUCCGCCGAGACGUUCAACUCGAUCAAGACCAUCAUGUCGGCGUCCAAGUCGUACAAGUCGUACCGGUCGCUGGUAGGCUCGCUCGACGAGGCCACGCCUGUCGUUCCGUUCCUCGGCGUCUACCUCUCGGACCUGGUGUUCCUCCUGCAGGGCAACGACGGCGAGACCGACGACGGCCUCGUUGCCUUUCAGCGCUCGUACCACUUGACGGGAGCGGUGACGGCUGCACUGCGGUGGCAGAGCAAUCGGUACUCGUUCAUCAAAGUGCCCACGAUUUCCCGGGUCUGGAACGUGGAUGCGCAGGAUUUGGACGUGUCCGAGGAUGCACUGUACGAGGCAUCGCUUGUGCUUGAGCCGCGGCAGGCUCGGCGGCGGUGA